UACAAAUCCCAAUAAAAAACUUCAUCUCCAUGUGUACAUGAGAGUGUCAACGACAAGUCUACACCAAGGCUAAGAUGUCAACAAAGACCACACAACACAUCUUACUUUUAGUUUGUAAAGGCUGUUCGUUGGACAUUUCAUCCUCUCCAUCUCUCUCCUCUUUUUUCUCUAUAAACUCUCAUCUCUCACAUUUUUUUUGCAUUCUCCAACAAGACCUCAAAUUUCAUUUACCUUAUUCUGACUAGCUCAUGGAUAACACCAACCGUCGUCGCCGUCCUAAACAACACAAAGUCACUCUCGAAGACUCUGAAGAAGUGAGCAGUAUCGAAUGGAAGUUUAUCAAUAUGACAGAACAAGAAGAAGAUAUUAUCCUUCGAAUGUAUAGACUUGUCGGUGAUAGGUGGGAUUUAAUAGCAGGACGAGUGCCAGGAAGACAGCCAGAAGAGAUUGAAAGAUACUGGAUUAUGAGAAACAGUGAUAGCUUUGCUGAAAAACGACUCCAACUUCACCACUCUUCCUCUCAUAAAAAUAACAAACUUCAUCGUCCACGUCCCUCUAUUUACCCUUCUUAGUUUUUAGUGCCAUUUAUAUUUUCUGCCUCACAACAAAAAAUGGUGUAAUAGUUGCAGUUUUAUUUAGCAUAACGAAAAUUGUAUGUUUAUUUUGUCGUUUUUUAUUUUAAUGUUCUAAUUAGUAAUCAACUAUUAAUGAUCGGUGUGGUUAAUAAUAAUAUUAUAUAAACAAUUUUUUUGAACACUUAAUAUAAACAAAUUGCAAUCAGGUUAAAUAAUACUCCCUCCGGAUUUGAAUAUAUGAUGUUUAAAGUUG